UGGUUAUUCUUCCUGCAUAAAUAACUAAUACUAACGCAAAUACAUUCUUCAAAAAGUGAAAACAAGAAUCAUUGUGGCAUGAGAGCAAGGGCAUGCUCAAAGGUUUGGUAUCACUCAUAGCUGAGUUCUGGUUUGAGUGAGAUCAAUGGAAGGAAGUGACAUAUCCAGAGUUGAUAGUGCAAGAGGUGGUGGUUCCUCCAACAUAUGGAGGAACAACAGCAUGGACGUUUUCUCAACAUCUGAACGUGAAGAUGAUGAAGAGGCUCUCAAAUGGGCAGCUAUAGAGAGACUCCCCACGUAUCUACGCAUUCAGAGAAGCAUACUCAACAAUGAAGAGGGGAGAGGGAGAGAGGUUGACAUCAAGCAACUAGGCCUCACUGAGAGAAAGAUUCUUGUGGAGAGGCUUGUGAAGAUAGCAGAAGAAGAUAAUGAAAGGUUCUUGUUGAAACUCAGGGAAAGGAUGGACAGAGUUGGGCUUGAUAUUCCAACAAUUGAAGUUAGAUUUGAGCAUAUAAAUGUGGAAGCACAAGUUUAUGUUGGAGGAAGAGCACUGCCUUCAUUGCUGAACUUCUUUGCUAAUGUAAUAGAGGGGUUCUUAAAUUAUCUUCACAUAAUUCCAAGUCCAAAGAAACCGUUACAUAUACUUCAGAAUAUUAGUGGAAUCAUAAAGCCUCGAAGAAUGACAUUGCUUUUGGGACCACCAGGCUCUGGAAAGACCACUUUGCUUUUGGCAUUGGCUGGAAAACUUGGUAAAGAUUUGAAACAUUCUGGGAGAGUAACAUACAAUGGGCAUGGCCUUGAAGAGUUUGUGCCACAAAGGACAUCAGCAUAUAUAAGUCAACAUGAUAAUCACAUUGGAGAAAUGACUGUGAGAGAAACACUUGCUUUCUCAGCUAGAUGUCAAGGGGUUGGACAGAAUUAUGAGAUGUUAGCUGAGCUACUAAGAAGAGAGAAGCAAGCAAAGAUUAAACCAGAUCCUGAUAUUGAUGCCUAUAUGAAGGCUGCAGCACUAGGAAGACAGCGGACACGCGUGGUCACGGAUUAUAUUCUUAAGAUUUUGGGACUCGAAGUGUGUGCUGACAUUAUGGUAGGAGAUGGAAUGAUAAGAGGUAUCUCUGGAGGGCAGAAAAAGAGAGUCACAACAGGGGAGAUGCUGGUUGGACCUAUAAAGGUGUUAUUCAUGGAUGAGAUAUCAACUGGUUUGGACAGUUCCACAACUUUUCAGAUAAUCAACUCAAUCCGGCAAUCAAUCCAUAUUCUGAAUGGAACUGCACUUGUGUCUCUGCUACAGCCAGCGCCAGAAACUUAUGGACUAUUUGAUGAUAUAAUACUACUAACAGAUGGGCAAAUUGUGUACCAAGGACCAAGAGAAAGUGUACUUGAGUUUUUUGAAUCAAUGGGUUUCAAGUGUCCUGAAAGAAAAGGAGUUGCUGACUUCUUGCAAGAAGUGACAUCAAGAAAGGAUCAAUGGCAGUAUUGGGUGCGAAAAGAUGAACCUUAUAGUUUUGUCACUGUCAAGGAUUUUGCUGAAGCAUUCCAAUUAUUUCACAUAGGUCAAAAACUUGGAGAUGAGCUAGCCAUUCCAUUUGAUAAGUCUAAAUGCCAUCCAAAUGCAUUGACCACAAAGAAGUAUGGUGUUGGCAAAAGGGAGCUUCUGAGGGCUUGUGCUAGCAGAGAAUUUUUGCUUAUGAAGAGAAAUUCAUUUGUCUACAUAUUCAAAGUCACACAACUCAUCUAUUUAGCUAUCAUGACUACAACAUUAUUUCUAAGAACUAGGAUGCAUCAUGAUACUGUGGAGGAUGGAGGAACUUACAUGGGUGCCCUUUUCUUCGCAGUCACCGUGGCGAUGUUCAAUGGAAUAUCAGAGCUAAAUAUGGCCAUCAUGAAACUUCCUAUCUUUUACAAGCAAAGGGACCUUCUUUUCUAUCCUUCAUGGGCUUAUUCUCUUCCACCAUGGAUUCUCAAAAUACCAAUAACUCUCAUAGAAGUAGCUAUUUGGGAAGGCAUAUCUUACUAUGCCAUUGGCUUUGAUCCAAGUUUUGUAAGGCUUUUAAAACAGUACUUGAUAAUCCUGUGCAUUAACCAGAUGGCAUCUUCACUAUUUCGGUUGAUGGCAGCAUUAGGAAGGGAUGUUAUAGUUGCAAACACCGUUGGAGGAUUUGCAUUGCUUGUAGUUCUUGUUUUAGGAGGAUUUGUGAUUUCACGAGAGAAUGUGCACAAAUGGUUUGUAUGGGGUUACUGGUCCUCACCACUGAUGUAUGGACAGAAUGCUAUAGCUGUGAAUGAAUUUCUUGGUCAUAGUUGGAGAAAGGUUACACCUAACUCAAAUGAAACUCUGGGAGUUUUGGUACUGAAAACUCGUGGAUUUUUCCCAGAAGCUUAUUGGUAUUGGAUUGGAGUAGGAGCAUUAAUUGGUUAUGUAUUUCUGUAUAAUUUCCUGUUCACAUUGGCUUUGCAAUAUCUAAGUCCAUUCAGAAAGGAUCAAGCAGGGCUAUCCCGUGAGAAAUUGCUUGAGAGAAAUGCUUCAACAGCUGAAAAUUUAACUCAAUUAACAAAUGGAAAGAGCUCUUCUCAAACAAAGAUGGUAGAAGAAGCAAGCAUAACAUCCAGGUCUUUUUCUGGAAGUGUUACUGAUGAUAAAGCUAAUAUAAGUGGAAGGAGGGGUAUGGUUCUCCCUUUUCAACCUCUAUCCCUCACUUUUGAUGAGAUCAAAUAUUCUGUAGACAUGCCACAGGAAAUGAAAAGGCAAGGAGUUUUUGAGGACCGUCUAGAACUUUUGAAGGGUGUUAGUGGUGUGUUUAGGCCAGGAGUACUAACAGCUUUGAUGGGUGUAAGUGGUGCUGGUAAGACUACUUUAAUGGAUGUUCUAGCUGGAAGGAAAACUGGUGGAUAUAUUGAAGGAAGCAUCACAAUAUCUGGGUACCCUAAGAGGCAACAAACAUUUGCUCGCAUCUCAGGAUACUGUGAACAAUUUGAUAUCCACUCACCUAAUGUUACAGUCUAUGAAUCUUUGCUAUAUUCUGCAUGGCUUCGGUUACCACGUGAAGUUGAUCGCACAACAAGAAAGAUGUUCAUUGAGGAAGUUAUGGAGCUUGUAGAGCUUAACUCAAUAAGAGAAGCACUUGUUGGAUUACCAGGUGAGACUGGACUUUCAACUGAGCAGCGCAAGAGGCUAACAAUUGCAGUUGAACUUGUAGCCAACCCAUCAAUAAUCUUCAUGGAUGAGCCAACCUCAGGCCUUGAUGCUAGAGCAGCUGCAAUUGUAAUGAGAACCGUGAGGAACACUGUGAACACGGGGCGAACCGUGGUUUGCACCAUCCACCAGCCAAGUAUUGAUAUAUUUGAUGCAUUCGAUGAGCUGUUACUUUUGAAAUUGGGAGGAGAGCAGAUAUAUGCUGGUCCAUUAGGAAGCCGCUGUUCUCAUCUGAUUCAGUACUUUGAGGCUAUUCAAGGAGUACCUAAGAUCAAGGAUAGUUAUAAUCCUGCAACCUGGAUGUUGGAAGCAGCAGGAACAGAAGCAUCUCUUAAGGUCAACUUCACCAAUUUGUACAGAAACUCAGAACUCUACAGGAGAAACAAACAAUUGAUCCAAGAGCAUAGUAUACCUCAGGAAGGUUCAAUGGAUCUACACUUUGAUAGUCAGUAUUCACGGACUUUGGUGACACAAUGUAAAGCUUGUCUAUGGAAACAGAAUUUAUCAUACUGGAGGAACACAUCAUAUACAGCAGUCAGACUCCUAUUUACAAUACUAAUAGCAUUGUUAUUUGGGAUCAUAUUUUGGGACAUUGGCUUAAAAAGGAGAAAAGAGCAAGAUCUUUUCAAUGCUAUGGGUUCAAUGUAUGCUGCAGUUACCUUCAUUGGAGUACAGAAUGGUGCCUCAGUGCAGCCUAUAAUAGCAGUAGAGAGAACCGUCUUCUACAGAGAGAGAGCUGCAGGAAUGUAUUCAGCUUUGCCAUAUGCACUUGCACAGGUUAUUAUUGAACUUCCCCACAUCUUGGUGCAGACACUGAUGUAUGGUAUUAUAGUAUAUGCCAUGAUGGGAUUUGACUGGAUCACAUCAAAGUUCCUGUGGUAUCUUUUCUUCAUGUACUUCACUUUCUUAUACUACACCUUUUAUGGUAUGAUGACAAUGGCCAUUACCCCCAACGCACACGUUGCUAGCAUAUUGUCCAGUGCAUUCUAUGCAAUAUGGAGCCUUUUCUCAGGCUUCAUCAUUCCCUUAUCUAGAAUACCCAUAUGGUGGAAGUGGUACUAUUGGAUUUGCCCUGUUGCAUGGACCUUGUAUGGAUUGGUGGCUUCCCAAUAUGGAGACAGUAGGGACACACUUGAGAAUGGUCAAAGGGUUGAAGAAUUUGUGAAGAGUUAUUUUGGGUUUGAACAUGAUUUUCUAGGAGUAGUUGCAAUUGUGGUGGCUGGUUUCUCAGUGUUGUUUGCACUUAUCUUCGCCUUUGGAAUCAAAGUAUUUAACUUCCAAAAACGGUGAAAUCAUCACAAUGCUUCUCUUCUAGACCCUAGACCAAGAGCUUCUAUACAUCGAUUUGAAGCAUUGUGCCUGUGGUCUCAAAUAUCACUCAAGAUAAUUUAUAUGAAAAAUGCUUGGUCAUCACGGCUGAACUGAAUUUUGCAUUUCCUUUGUAAGAUUCUUUGAUAGUAUAUACACUGGUCCACUUUGAAUCAAAAAUAUAUACAUUGGUCCACUCACUUGUACUCAAUUUGUAUUGACAUUUUAGCUUAUAAGAAAGAUAGUAUAUACACUUGUCCAAAUCCAAAUCAUAGGUUGCCCCUUCCUUUAAAUCAAAGAUCUCCAAGGGUAUAAUUCCUUCUUGCGUCAUACAAAUUGUUUUUAUUUGUUUACUUAUGUAUAACAGGAAUAUUGAAGAAUAGCUCUCAUGCAUCUCCACAAUCUCCAUAGACUGAUUCUAAUA